GGAGAAGACUGUCGCCUUUCCAAGAGAUGAAAGUCUGCAUAAAGUUGACCGAGCUGCUCUUAUCGAUGUUCAACCUUCGUGGCUCGCUCAUCUGUACAGACUUGCAAGGGACGGAUAUCAAUACCAGGUCAGCUAGUGCCCUUCCUCAGGACCAGCAGCCCAGGAGGCAAUACCAGCCUUCAGUCCUUUUGAGCCGACCAUUCAAUGAUCAUCCUCUGGACAAGAUAAGCCCACAGACUGGUCUGUCGACGGCGGCCGACUACCUUGCAUCCUUGGGAUAUCGCGCUGAGCGAAUAUUUAGCUCAAGUGAAUUCAAUCAAGUGGCGCGGGACACAGGAUAUCCAGAAAACCCACCUUUGUCUGAUGAAGACGUGGUCCUGAUAAUAGAAACGUUCAAACGAUACAGGAGCCUCAUUCCUUAUCACACUGGUGGCUUUUAUAUCCCAGGUACCCUCUCGGCACCAGCCCGUGAGUUGGCCUACUCUGUACUUCAGAGUCGCCACUUCGGAAUCUACCAUGGCGACAUGCAGAUGUCACGAUUUAUCGUGCGCUUCACAGAGAUUGUGGAUAGCCCGGACAUGGAAGUCACCAUGACGCUCACUGGCUGGGAACAUGCCUUCAGGGCUCCACUUUGGUCCUGCGCUCGCAUGCCGCCAUGGCUGAACAACCGCUUCAUCAAUGACGAGCCGGUUACAUGGGAGCGGCAGCAGGAAUUGCGGAGACUCAUCUACUUUUUGAUGAACGAUCCCAGAAUACUCCACCAUCCUGUACAUCCCAGCUGGGAAUGGGUCGUGGCAUACACCUAUGGAGUCCCGGAGCGCUGGUUUGAGGGCUGUCUGAGUUCCCAUUGGAUGUUUAGAAAUUCCCUCGAAGUUUUAUUAGUGAGGCUCAAGACUUACUGGGAGAGUUGGCGCCCCGACAUCCAGUUCCCUCUACCCGUUGGAGUUGACUAUCGGCCUCCGACUGAAGCUUCAGUACUUCCCCCCGCCCCAGGGGGAGAAGAGCUCAACAGUAAUGACUCACUUUUCGACGAAACUGACAAGGCUUUGCUAGAAGCUGAGGCCAAAGCCAAUGAGUAGGAAAGUGUAAUACCAGCACAAUGACGAGCAACUCGAGCUUGUCUUCUAAUUUGUAUCGUUAACGCCCAUGUUUUCCCUUUGUACCUUGUAAUUGUCCUUGUUAUCUUGUAUUGUGAUAUGCCUGCAUCUUGUAUUUGGUAGCUUCAUUUCACCAAUUGCAUUAGUGCGAUUGU